ACCAAAACAAUAACAAAGGCGACGUCUUCAGUGUCCGCCUCCUUCUGCCUCAUGCCCGUCCCUCACGCCGACUUUGAGGACUCUUGGCUGGUUGACUAUGGACACACGCAACAGCUGGUCCGCGAAGUGACCGAGCGUACGGUGCAAAGACGGCAGCUUAGCGCGGGCCAGCCGCAACACGCGCUUCUCUCGAGUCAGCUGAGGGCCAAGAUACCCAAGGCAGAGAAACAGGUGAGCGAGCUGACGCGGCGCCUGCAUGAGUGGUCGCUCCGGAACCUGACGGCGUGGGAGCGAGAACGGCGCGAGAGGCUGUGCGAGACGCUGCAGAGUGAGCUGAAGAAGGCGCAGAUGGACUUCAGGGACGGGAGAACCAGCGGUGGGGUGAUGGGAGGCUCCAGCGGGAUGGGCUCCUCGGGAUGGGGCGUGGAGGAGGAGGAGGGCGGGGCAAUGGGCCACGCCCCCACGCACCAACUUCGUCAGCAGCAGCAGCGGAUUAUGCAAGAGCAAGACUCGGGCCUGGAGGCGCUGUCGAAGGUCAUCUCCCAGCAGAAGCGGAUAGCGUCGGCGAUCGGGACCGAAGUGGAGGACCAGAACCAGUUGAUCGACGACAUCACAGACCGGGCGACGCAUGCGCAGACCCGGUUGGUCGACGAGACAGACCACAUCUCCACGGUCACUCGAAAGACCAGGACCUGGCCCUACUGGUUGGUGAUCACCUUACUCUUCGUGGCCAUAAUAAUUGUCGUGGUGUGGUAAGGGAGGCCUUUUGCAGAUGUGGAAGGGAGGAAUUAGAAAGGAAGGAGAGAGAAAGAGAGGAAGAGAGAGAAGAAGGGAAGAAGAAAGAGGAAAGAGAAGAAAGCUUGCGGUGGAAGGAGGAGGUGUGGAUAGAAGGAGACAUGGAA